AAUGAGCGAGACCGGGCUUUUCUCCACAAAGCGCAGUUUUAUAACACGUUUUUAUCGGGUUCGAGCAAAUUGAGAGCCUUUAUACCAGACUUAGGCAGACGCUGCUGUCCUUUUCAACUUUGACUGGUAAACUAGGCUCCAGGGGAACCGAGUCUGAAGAUCGGUUUAUCUCACUGAUGUUGCUGCUGCUUAAGAUCCAGGGAAGUUGUUGAAAAGGCUGCUGUUUUGAGGCAAAGAAGAGCAAAAAGAAGGCGACUAUUUUCCCGGGAUCAUGGCGUCGGAUAAGCAAAUCACGUUCCCACUGAUGCUGUGUGUCGGAACCGCUGUGAUUGGCUCGCUGCAGUUUGGCUACAACACAGGUGUCAUCAACGCGCCGCAGAAGAUUAUCGAGGGCUUCAUAAAUGAGACGUGGGAAGAACGCUACCAGACUGGGAUCACCAAAGGUUCCCUCACUGCCAUCUGGUCCAUCUCUGUGUCCAUCUUCUCUGUCGGUGGCAUCUUCGGCUCCUUCUCAGUCGGACUCUUUGUCAACCGAUUUGGAAGGAGGAACUCCAUGCUGUUGGCCAACAUUCUGGCCUUCAUCUCAGCAGCACUCAUGGGUUUCUCAAAACUGGCCAAGUCCUGGGAAAUGUUGAUCAUCGGCCGCUUUGUGGUCGGCCUCUUCUCCGGUCUCUCUACCGGCUUUGUGCCCAUGUACGUGGGUGAGGUCUCCCCAACGUCACUACGAGGUGCACUAGGGACCCUGCAUCAACUGGGAAUCGUCGUGGGAAUCCUUAUUGCUCAGAUAUUUGGGUUGGAGUCCAUCAUGGGGAACGCAAGCUACUGGCCACUGCUUUUAGGUCUCAUUUUCAUCCCAGCUGUGAUCCAGUGCAUCCUGCUACCGAUGUGUCCUGAGAGCCCCCGCUUCCUGCUCAUCAACAAAAAUGAAGAGGACAAAGCAAAAACAGUGCUGAAGAAGCUGCGUGGCACCUCAGACGUGAGCAUGGACAUGCAGGAGAUGAAGGAGGAGAGCCGGCAGAUGAUGAGGGAAAAGAAGGUGACCAUCCCCGAGUUGUUCCGCUCGCCGCUGUACCGCCAGCCACUGCUCGUCGCCGUCAUCCUGCAGCUCUCCCAGCAGCUGUCUGGCAUCAAUGCUGUGUUCUAUUACUCCACUCGCAUCUUUGAGAAAGCCGAGGUGGAGCAGCCUGUCUAUGCCACCAUUGGAGCCGGGGUGGUCAACACGGCCUUCACCGUGGUGUCGCUGUUUGUGGUGGAAAGAGCCGGGCGCAGGUCUCUACACUUGCUGGGGCUGCUGGGAAUGGCCGGAUCCGCCAUCCUGAUGACCAUCGCCCUGGCUCUGUUGGAGCAGCUCAAGUGGAUGUCCUACGUGAGCAUCGUGGCCAUAUUCGCCUUCGUGGCCUUCUUCGAGAUCGGACCCGGGCCCAUCCCCUGGUUCAUUGUGGCUGAGCUGUUCUCGCAGGGUCCCAGACCAUCCGCCAUCGCUGUGGCUGGUUUCUGCAACUGGACCGCCAACUUCAUCGUUGGAAUGGGCUUCCAGUAUGUGGAGGAACUCUGUGGCCCAUACGUUUUUGUCAUCUUCACCGUGCUGCUGCUCUUCUUCUUCGUCUUCACCUUCUUCAGAGUGCCUGAGACCAAAGGUCGGACAUUUGACGAAAUCUCCGCCGGCUUCCGCCAGGCAGCCGUCACGGGCGCAGAGAAGCACUCGCCCGAGGAGCUCAACAGCCUUGGCGCCGACUCCCAACUCUGAGAUUCUUUUGUUCAAAUCCUAGCUCACAAACUCUCAGACCAAUGUGGGAGGGGCUAACUUCAUGUAGCUUGAUCUGGAUGGGUAGAGCAUUUUCCACACUGUCACCACAUUUCCUACGGCGGGCGCCAUAAUACAGGGCUGCCCGAUGUGAAUGCUCCGCCGUCUUUCCUCUCAUGAUGGGCACUAUGUCGCCUGGUGGAUGUAGAGAGGGAGCUCUCGGAGGUUUUCAUAUUCUAAAAUAUAUUUUAAUAUUGUCUAUUUUUGCUAACUCCUUGACCUUCCUGUUACCAUACUGACAACACUGUGUUUUUUAUGAAAGCAACCGUUACACUGCAUCACCAGACACUGUAGGGACGGGACCCGUCCAGCCUGUUUUUUCUCAUCUGUAGACAAAGCUUUAACUUCUGAAGCCUCAUGUUUUCAGCACCAAGCAAACUUCACUGUAACUACCCUUCCACACAAAUUGGAGCAUCUGCCAUAAAAACUGUUUGCAAAUCUGACUGUUGUGACUUAAUCGGAGCCCGAAAAUACAAAGUUGAAUUACCCUGCUGAAGACCCGCACUGCCCACAGCCCUCCACUAGAUGGAGCGUCACUCCCAAACACUCGCCGAAGCAGCUUUUUCAUGAACCUGGGUUUUUUUUUUUUUACAAAUGAAGUUACACUCCUCAUUUAAUGUUACUUAUCUAGUGUAGAUUUCUGUCGUGAGUUGAGCUUAGGUAUAGUUUGUGCAUGUUUCUGUGCAUAUUUACUGACAAAAAACAAAA